GUGAUGCAGGAAGAGAGCGCAAAUGAUAUGGAAAGUGAGCAACUGCCAGCAGAGACGCUACGACAAGUGACCAUUCACCGAGACCCUAUAUAUGGCUUUGGCUUCGUGGCUGGCAGUGAGAGGCCUGUGGUGGUUCGAUCUGUGAGGCCAGGAGGCCCCUCUGAGGACAAGCUCCUGGCUGGUGACCAGAUUGUGGCUAUUAAUGAGGAGGACGUGAGUGAAGCCCCCAGGGAGAGGUUCAUAGAACUCAUCAGGAGAGCUAAAGAAUUCAUCGUUCUUACAGUUCUGCACACUCAUCAGUCUCCCAAAUCUGCUUUCAUCAGCGCUGCAAAGAAGGCCCAACUGAGAUCCCACCCUGUGAAAGUGCGAUUUUCUGAGCAGGUCGCAGUUGGAGAAACAGAUGCAAAAAUGAUGAAGAAAGAAGCUCUUCUUCUCAUUCCCAAUGUCCUGAAAGUUUUCUUGGAAAACGGGCAAAUCAAGUCAUUCACAUUUGAUGGCCGGACCACUGUUAAGGAUGUGAUGGUGACAUUACAGGACCGUCUUUCCCUGAGGUACAUUGAGCACUUUGCUCUUGUCCUUGAGUAUGCUGGGCCAGAACAGAAUCACAAGUUUCUGCUUCUGCAGGACAAGCAGCCCCUGGCUUAUGUGGUGCAACGGACACACUACCAUGGAAUGAAAUGCCUCUUCCGAAUAAGCUUCUUUCCCAAAGACCCCGUGGAGCUGCUACGUCGGGAUCCUGCUGCUUUUGAGUAUCUGUACAUCCAGAGUCGGAAUGAUGUUAUCCGAGAGCGCUUUGGAAUGGACCCCAAACCAGAGAUGCUUCUGGGCCUUGCUGCCCUCCACAUCUACAUCACCGUCUCAGCUACACGUCCUAGUCAGAAGAUCUCUCUCAAGAACGUGGAGAAGGAGUGGGGCCUGGAGCCCUUUCUUCCCCCCUCCCUCUUGCAGGGCAUCAAGGAGAAGAACCUCCGGAAAUCUCUGUCUCAGCAACUGAAGGCUCACCAAACCUAUCCUUCCAGUGGCUCUAAGGGCUCUGCAGUUCAGGCAAAGCUCCAGUAUCUUCGCAUCCUGAAUGAACUUCCAACCUUCACGGGCGUUUUGUUCAACACUGUGGGCCUGGACGAGAAGCAGUCAGCCACCACUCUGCUGGUGGGACCCCGACAUGGCAUCAGCCAUGUUAUUGACCUCAAAACCAACCUCACCACUGUGCUGUCCGAGUUCAGCAAGAUCAGCAAGAUCCAGCUGUUUCGGGAGAACCAGGGAGUGGCUCGAGUGGAGACCAGCAUCAUGGAUGCCAAGCCUCUGGUGCUGUUGAUGGAGUGGCCCGAAGCCACCAACUUUGCCUGCCUGAUUGCGGGGUACUGCCGCCUCCUACUGGAUUCCAGGAAGAUGGUCUUCUCCAGGCCUGCAAGCCAGCCCCUUCCACCUCCAAUGAUAAAGGCAGAUUACAUGCACAGCGCCAACCGCCCUGUCACUGGGGGCCACCUGGGGAAAAAGGAGAGUAGUUAUGUGGGCAGCGUGGGCACCAGCCCCAGGAAGUCGAGCCGUUGCACGCCCUCGCCUGCCGACUCUGAGCUUGUCAGCUUCUGCUACCUCCACAUGCGGGAACAAAGGAAGGAGCAGGAAAGCCGGACGGAUGUCAACGAGAACCUAAUCUUCUUUGAAGAGACCAGGCCCCGGACCAAGUCUGAUCCCACGUCGAAAAGUUCUGGCCAAGGUUAUGAAGUGGUCCCUGAUGACUUUGAUGCAGCCAGUCUAGACCACGAGCCUUGUGCCAGCAGGGCCCGGUCUUACACCUUGGACAAUUCCCUUGGGCCUGAAGCCCUGAAUUUCUACUGUGACUCUUGCAAAGCCAAACUCCAGGAGCAGCUGGGCCCUCGCCAGGGCGGGAGGCCUGGCUCCUCUCGUGACAACAUGGUAGACCUCAUGUCCCUACCACCACCUGGUAGUGAGGAAGAGGAGGAAGAGGAAGAUGAGACAACUUCUCUGUUGCCUGCCAUUGCUGCCCCACCCCCUGGUUUCCGAGACAACAGUUCUGAUGAGGAUGACCCCAAGCGCCGAGCUGUCCAGAGCCAGGAGCAGGGACGCCAUCUGCGUGGACUGCUCUACGAUGAGAUACCAGUGACAUUGAUUGACAGUGUGCAGACGCGGACAGUCCGAGAUCAUGCCCAGGAGCUGGAUGAUGCCUUGGUGUCUACUCUGCAGGCUCUGGAAGCCCUGGCUGCUUCGGAGGACGGACCACACCCCCCAGCCCCACAGACUGCAGGUCUGAUUGUGCUGGCCACAAUUACUCCUGAAUCAUCACUGGACUCUGGCCAUGAAACCAAUUCUUCGGAGCUCACGGACAUGUCAGAGAUGAUGUCGGCCAUGAAGCAGCACCAGAACACCACCUACUUUUUGGCCCAGCAUCUCAACAAGGAGAGCCUGCUUGCCCGCAAAGACCUGCCCUUCAGAAUCCAGAGCUGUGCAGCCCAGGCUGUUCUCACAGCCCCUUACUCUCUCGGACAUCCAGACCCCAACCCAUCCUUGCAGCCAGCUGUCACAGGCCAGAGUCCUGGUCCCCCUGGCGCUCGGAGGAAGCUGCCCCCAUCAGAGGCUCAGAACCAGGGAGAGCGAACAUACUCCCUGGCAGUGCACCCUGCCCUGUCCCCUCAGCUUAGCGAGCAGAAGAAUUUGAGCCUGCUGUCGCCAGUGCCUGAGGACAAAGGGCCUGGCCACAGUAGGGCAGGUUUGGAGAUGUCACGGAGAGCCCCCACACCAUCCCUCAGUGAUGAGCAGGUCUCAGAGUUGAGGGAGAAGCUGCCCAAGGAGGUCAGGUUGAGCCCCAAGCUUAUCCUGGACUCCAAAGGCAGCGUGACUCCAGCCAUUAUCUCAGCAGCCCUGCAGCAGGUGGUCCACAGUAAGAGCUUGGCCAGCCCCAGUGGGGCCCUGGCAACCACCCCUAGCAGGGAGGAGAGAAGGCUGGAGACCAGCAUAGGGAGGCCCGACAUCAGCAGGGGCAGACCAGAAGCUGGCAUGGUGAGCAGCAGUGCUGCUAAGAAUCUGAAGUUCCCCAUGAGCCCUGGUGCCACCGAUAUUGUGCGGAGUCCCCAGCGGCAGCUUGGCCCGGAGGCCUCCCCCAGCUCCAGAACACCUGCAGGCAGCCGGGCUGAAAGCAUCCACCUCUCACCACCCGAAGACAGGAUGCCUGUUCCCGGUUACCCUCCCAAAAGCUAUUUUCUACGAGCAAGCCGAGAGUCAGUGGGCAAACCAGCUACGGAGGAGGGGGCAGGCAAGGCUGCUGGACCAGAGGGGGCUAAGCCUACCCUGUACAAGCAGGGCACUUCCUCCAGCCCGGGGGAGAGGGGACAGUUGGAUACACCCAAAAGCAGCAAGCUCGAGGAAACCAGCCUGGUGCCCCGAGCCGGCUACUCUGUGGCUCUACAGAGCUCUAGUUGCCAGUCACGAAGCCACAGCCCCAGCUGCCAGCCCCGGGGACCCAGCCCCAGCAGCCAAUCCCGAGGUCAGAGCCCCAGCUGCCAGCCUCGAGGCCAGAGCCCACUGAGGCCUCCAGCCGCCAGCCGGCAAGUGAGCACCAUGCCCUCCAGGAAGCUCGAGACAACCCUGGAUGGAGCCCACUCAGCCUCCGAAGGCCCCACAAAGCCCAAGUCGUCUAGAGGGCCUUUCCGGCUUCGUAAUUUAUUCUCAGCCACCUUCCCGACCCGCCAGAAGAAGGAGACAGAUGAACGACAGGCCCAGCUGCAGAAGGUCAAGCAGUAUGAGCUGGAGUUCCUCGAGGAACUUCUAAAGCCACCCAGCCAGGGGGAGCUGCCAGGCGCUGAAUACUUGCAGCCCCCAGCCCCUGGCCGCUGCAGUUGCCAGCUCCGUAGCAGUCCUGUGCAACAGGGGCCUGGCAUGUCCCGAGAGCAGAGGCGCAGCUGCGACUGCAAGCGCAUCAGCAGGGGGGGCAGGCCACAGGCCGCCCAGGUGCCUGCACCCAGCCUCCGGGGGAGGGAGAGGGACAAGGUCCCCCCUACCCAGAAACAACCAGAGGCUGGCCCGAGCUUGAGCCUCAGCAGCCCCAUCAACGUCCGGCGGAUCCGCUCCACCAGCCUGGAAUCCCGUGAGUGCCGAUCGGACCCCGAGAGUGGUGUUUCCUGCCUGACCACGUGUGCCUCCGGGGGUGAGUGUCUGGGAGCACCCAAUUACAGAAAACUGAUGCGCCGCUACAGUAUCAGUGAGCUGGACCAGGGUGACAGGGCCUCGCUGACCUCAGACAUCUACCCACACCCGCCCCUAGGCAUGCUGCCCAGGGAGGUCAAGGAGAUAGAGACAGGCCUCCCGCUGAGCGUGGGCCCCAAAAGCAAGUGUCUGGAGUCACCAACCCUGGGAGAUCCCUCAUAUGUGCAGGUCACCCCUGAGACCAAAGGCCCCAGACAAAUGGCCGUAUUCUCCCUGCCUGAAGAGGUGUAUCGGAAAUCAGCUGAACUGGAUGAGGACAGUGAGAGCAGCAAGUGCUGCUCCAUCCGCUACUGCUUCUACUACCGCAAGUGCGACAUGGCAGAUGAUGCCAGUGAUGGCAAGGACGAACUCUCGUACUCCAUUCCCAUGAAGAUUCUGCCUGGCAUGAAGUUGGAUGAGCAGGUGGUGCCUGUGGUGAGCAGGACCCUGCAAGUCCUGGAUGCUGCCACCUGCAGUAGCCCUGAGGCUGCUCGCACGCAGGAGAUUGACCUUCGGGUGUCCACCUUCGAGGGGAGCUUGGCCAAGAUCAACGCCCUUCGGGCCCACGCCUAUGGCCUCCCUGAUGGUUUCUUAGCUGCCCGGCUGGACACCAAUGAGCUGCUGACAGUACUGCGGCAGUGUGUGGCCAGCCCUGAGGCCCGUGCCCCCAAGCCCUAUGUCUCUCAAAUCUCUGAGUACAAACUGGAGUUGGCUCUCAAGUUCAAAGAGCUCCGGGCCUCCUGCCGCCGUGUGGCCAACGUGGACAAGAGCCCCACUCACAUGCUGGCAGCCAUCACAGGCAGCUUCCAGGUGCUGAGCAGUCUCAUCGAGACCUUUGUGCGACUAGUCUUCAUCGUGCGCUCAGAGGCUCAGCGCCAAGAGCUGCUGGCCAAAGUAGAGGAGGUGGUGAGGAACUACACCUUCCUGCUGCGUGCAGCUGAGGAGUCCACAGCCCGGAACCUCAACCAACAGCAGCAGCAGCAGCAGCUGCAGCAGCAGUUGCAGCCACUGCAGCCACCGCAGCAGGUGGCAGCUGCUACUGGGGCAGCCACAGGGCACCCACCAGGCUCUCCAACUUCAGCGACUGUUAUGAGCACAUUCACCCGCUCCUUAAAAACCCUGAUUAAGUAGGGCAUCUGCCUAGGUCUAGCCCC